AUGGCAGCCCCGGGCACGGUGUCCCGAGUCCGCGCGCCGCUGGUACCGCAGGACCGCGAGGGUCGUCAGGAGCCGCGGUGCACGGACCCCCACAUGCUCGCAGGCCUCAGCACCUGCAUCCCCGCGCUGACCGCGGUCAGCCCCGUGCUUGCGCGAUCGGUGUCUCUGGCUGACCGCGGGCGCGGGUCCCGGGGCGACGCAAACACCACGAAGGCCGGCCGGGCGCGAGGAGAUGGAGUGACAUGGUCCGGUGUGACGGCGUUGGCAGCGGGACUGCCGGCCUUCUGUAACCUUCCGGCGACGCACAGCUCUGUUCCUUCUGUGGCCGAGGAGCCCACACCCGGUGCUGCCCUCACGCCCCAGAACCCACAGCCGACAAGAAAUGGUGCUCCCAGCGCACGCCUGGGCCUCGGAAACGGGCUUCUUCAAGCCCCUCUAGCUCUGACCACGGAAAAUGCUGCAUUCGGAACCACUCCACCCGCCUCAGGAUUCAGCUCCGAGGUCGCAGGAAGGAACAGAGAGCCAGGAACACCCAGGAAGUGCAAACGCCGAGACACGCCCCCACCACGCCGCCCCCUGCCGACCACGCCAGCCCCCCUUCCUUCCUUCCUUCUUUCCUAUGACUUCUCUUUCUCUCUGCACUUUCUCCUGGGCUCGGAGACUCGGCCGGACCCCGUCUGCCCGCCCCCCCUGAAUCAAUUUGCACUAAGUCGUUUGCACUGGUUUGGGGUCCGCAGGCCUGAGUCCCCGAGCGUGUGUGCGAGCCGUCUGCCGCGUGUGUGGCCUCCUGCAGCCUGGCCGUGCCCAGCACCCGCCUGGCGUCCAUCUCUGGGGGUGCCUGGGUGCGGCCCGUGUGCGUGGGGCCCUGCCCUCCCCGCCUGGUCUGGAAGCUCCGCCCACCGGAGCCACCCUCCCCUCUGCAGAGGGUCCCUGUUCUGUGCCCCUCCCACCGGGAUCCACCAGGACCCCGGCCUCAUCAAUAAACUCCGUACAGCAAAACUGGCGUCCGAGGCCUUUCCCGGGACCCGCAGGAACCCCUGGGCCCUGGUGCAGGCCCGAGACCCUGCAGAACCCCACAGCCCUGGGACCCCCAUGGCACACGCAAACACCCGAGGCUGCACGCUCUAG